UGUGAAGGCAGUCAGUGUGCGGGACGGAGCGAGAGCGAGCGUAUGUUGCGUCCCGGAAGGUGUGCUUGUGUGAGUGUUGGCACCCGUGCUUGUGCGUCCUUGCAGUCAGGCACACUGCCAGUGACACUUGUGAUAACCGUUGCUAAAAUAGACUGUCGUAAUUGCAAGGAGCUACAUUUGACCCUGAGAGCGAAUUCCCGCGCCUGGCGACCACAUCUGGCUGGGCCAGCCGUGGCCGACCUGACCUGACCUCCAUCAUGGCCAACCAACAGUUUUGUUUACGAUGGAACAACUACCAGAGCAACCUGAUGCAAGUUUUCGACGAGUUGCUGCAGACGGAGAGUUUUGUGGACGUGACACUCUCGUGUGAAGGAAACAGCGUGAAGGCUCACCGCAUGGUGUUGUCUGCGUGUUCCCCGUACUUCCAGUGUCUCCUGAGUGAUGCUCCCUGCUCACACCCUGUCAUCAUACUACAGGGGGUCAAGUGGCCUGAACUCAAGGCAGUGGUGGAGUUCAUGUAUAAGGGAGAGAUCAACAUCUGCCAGGAGCAACUAGGGUCACUGUUGCGGGUGGCAGAGUCACUGAAGAUCAGAGGUCUGGCAGAGGUUGAUGGUGAGGGAGCUGAGCCAGCAGUGAUCACUUCACCCUCUGUUUCGCCCAUCGCUCGUGCCUACCUCAACGCCCUCGACGACAAUUCGCCCUCAUCAAUCCUCGCCGCCGCCGCCCGCAAACGACGCCGGUUGUCUGGUGAUGAGCUGAGCCGCCCCUGCACGCCCAUGACGCCCACCAGCGUGCCGGAGAUGAUGGAAAGCUCACUUGACUUGACUGGGCCGCUCAUCCGUGGUGGCCUCAACAACCCCUUGCCAGGGUCACCACUGACUACCCUGGCGGCCCGCCUGCCAGGUGCCAUGCCGCCCCCUGCACCCAUGGCACCUCACCUGACCCACCUGCCGCCCCUCUCACCACUGCUCAAUAUGCACUCUAUGCCCCGCCCGCACGUGCCCGACGACUUCGAGAUUCGACCCGGCAUCGCCGAGAUGAUAAGAGAGGAGGAGAGGGUGAUAAACACUAUGAGGUUCUCUCCAGGACACGAUGCAGUUUUUAACGUAAGUUAUUGUUGAAUAACGUGUUGACGUUUCUAGGCUUAAGAACUGUUGUAUUUUGGGUUAACUCAUGAACAAACGUGUUACUAACAACGUAUUUAUGGUUAAGAAAUGUUAAACGUAUUUGUGGUUAACAAAUGUUGAAUAAACGCAUUUAUGGUUGAAAGUGGAGUAAUGUAUUUAGAGUUGUUGAAUAAACGUAUUUAGGGUUAUAAUCUGAUGUAUUUAGGGUUAAGAACUGUUCAGUAAAUGUAAUCUUUAAGACCUCUCAAGAGAGGUUCCUUUACGCUGGUGAGGGGCUCUUGAUCUAUGGAAUUUGAUCUAUGCUCCAGUUCCCAGAAUUAAGCCUGAAUACCUUCCAUCCCCCCCCCUCCACUGGCGCUGUAUAAUCCUACAGGUUUAGCGCUUCCCCAUGAUUACAAUUUUCUUUAAGAACUACUUUCGAAGCGUCGUCUUGUAGAUGAUUGGAAGAUGUGGGUAGGAAUAAUUUUUUGGGAUGGUAAGAGUUGGAUAGGGAUAAUUUUUGUACGAGGUAAAUUGUGGAUAAGAAUGAUUUUUUUGUGGAGGUAAAUUUUUGGAUUAAAGAUUUUUGCAUAGGUUACGUGGUGGACAAGGAGUACCUAUGAUGUACCGU